UUGCAGAUCUUUUCAAAUCUUGACGCUGAAGGGUUUUCUGGUGAACUACAGGUGUUUGUGCCGUCGCCACUAUUACAGUUGUUAUGUUCUGCUAUUAAUAACUGCGAGCAAGUGAGAAGAAGUCUAAUGAUCCAUGAGAAGCUUCAUUUGGAUGAUUUGGCAAUAGCUUAUGAAAGAGCUGGACAUCUUAGCAUGCAAUUAAGACUGAUAGUGCUCAUAGGAGAGUUCCAGAAAAGACAUUGUUCAAGGAAAUCGAUUGGUUAUACGGGCUCACCAACAUGGAAAGCAGCGGUGGAGCAACGGUUGGAACAAACAGAUGCAACAAUCUGCACUGAGAUCGACCGGGUGGUAGGUUUGCUUACCGCGCGGCUGCGACCUCAAAUGAAGAAGCACGUGUUCCAUCUCGCUUGGAGUCCAACAGCACAUCCCGUUGAAGAUUCGCUUAAACCUCUUACUGACAUGAUUGAUAUCGAGCUUUCCGCAGUGCACAAAAACUUGCUGCACAAAAAUUUUCUGCGAGUCAUGUCAGCACAAAUGGAGCCAGCAUUUUACCAUCGUCUGUUUGAAGCAUGGCAUGUCUUAGUGGACUUCUUUCAUGCAGGUGGAAAAGGCCUCUCUACCGAUGUCUUAGAAGCUGCUCCAGAACAUGUGGCGCUGGUGAAAAUUUUGUCCUUGAAUCAAACUCCAACGCAACAGCUUAUUGAGAAAUAUUACAAGGAUCUGCUCAAGCAACAAAACGAAGUAAGCGAAUGCAAAUAUGGUAUACUUAACGUGCGCGCAUACUACAAUACAAUAAUUGGAGCAAAGCAAGUGAUCCCAUUAGACGCCAAUGGUCUUUCGGAUCCGUUCGUUGUUAUUCGGCUUGUACCAAAGUACAGGUAUCCUAAUCAGGUCGUGAGCAAAACACGAGUCGUCAGCAAAACUCUCAACCCUAUUUUUGACGAAACAUUCGAAUUCAAAUCAGCAUAUAAAAUUCCAGAAAGGAAAAUUCGUUUUAGCCACAUUCCUCCGAAACUUCCACCCUGCGCUAUGCUUCAUUUCACUGUCCCAGGCUUUGGCGUUGCUGGCGGAAACACACUUCGUCAAUUCAAUUUAAUACUUAUACAACCAGUGCAAAAUAAUAAGGAAAUAUUAGAAGUCCUCACAAGCAGAAAAGAAGAUAAAGAAGCGCUAGAGUUCCUUCGGUCAAUCACUACGGCUUACUAG